AAAGGGAUGACUGCAGCUGCUGAGCAGAAGCACACAGACUUCUGCUGCUGAGUCCUGUUCAUAAGGGGAAAGGAAGAAGACCAGUACGGAGAGGAUCUGUAAAGUGGACAUCAAAGUUUCCUAAAGUUUAAUGAGAAAAGUGAAUACCAGUCAGUCAAAGAAAGUGCUGGGAGGCAACACGUGAGGGGGCACACACUUAUACCCUCCCAGCAUGGACCGAGACAGUCACAGCGAGGAUACUUUGUCCACCAUGGUUCUGGAGAAUAUUAAAAACAAACUGAUUCAUGCCUUCAGGGCGACAGGAGAGUCCAGAGAAGAGUCUGGCUCCUCUGUCAGACCAGUCAGCCUUGGCAGAAGUUACCAGGCCAAUGAAGAGCUGCGGAGGGCGCAGAUAGAUGGAGCGAUAACUUGGCUGAGGUCUGAACUGCUGGAGAUGCGCUCACAGGACCUCCAGCUGGCUCAGACACUACUGGGGCUCAACACAGAGAUCCAAAGACUGAGGAGGGAGAGCUUUGGGGGUGUGGAAGUAGAGGGUGAUGAUCAGCAGUAACCUGCCCCCAGUAGAGAGCCCCUUCUCUGGGGAAGACUAAGAGGGAGGUGGAAAAAUGCUCUUACUGGAAGCCAUGGUGCACGAGGAAAUGGCUCUGAUGCAACAGAAAACUCAAAAGUUCAAAUGUGUGUUGCUUGUGAUAAUGGCUUAUUGUUAUACAAUGUGUCAUUGUAAAAAAAUAAAAAAAGACACCAGUUGCAUGAAAAAGUAACCCAGAGGGGGAAAAAGAAUUACAAAAUGGCUAAAUGUGCUUGGUUUUGUGUGACGCUUGUUUAGAAAUUUUGCACUUAUGCAGAGUCGUGCUAAAGAAACCUGUUUGUAUGUGUUUUGUUUCUUUGCUAGGUCAGGAAACAGACAUUAUGAAUGUAAAAAUUAAAUAGAAAAUCGCCUUUGGCAAAAUUUUAUGUGAUUUGACAAAAAUAA